UAUCCGAAAAUGAUGUUGAGGCACUCUGCCCAAAGUUUCUUCUUCUUCCUCUUACUCUGUUAUGUCUCUAUCUCGUGACCCCCAAAAUGUAAAUUUCUCGCACGAAUUCAGUUACCAAAAAAAGCUGCUCACUUUUUCUUCUCUCCCUCUCUUCUUUUUCUUCUGCUAAAACCCCCAAAAGACCUAAACUUUCAUCCAUUUAUAAAGACCCUUUUAAAGCUUUACUAUCCAGAAAGUGAUUUAUUUCCAUUGUCUUUAAGUAAAAUGAGAUUGGAGGGUAGUUUCAAGGCGCUGAAUCAGUACGGAAAGAAGAUGUUCAGGAGAGUAAAGGAGGCGGUGAUGAAGACAAAGAAGAAGAAGAAACAGACUAUGUUUCAGUAUGAUCCAUCUAGUUACGCCUUGAACUUCGACGAUGGAGGAGAUGUUCCUCAGAGAUUAUCCGGCGACUGUAAACACUGCAGGAUUACUUUGAUUUACGUUGUUUCUGUCAAAUUUUGACAAAUUCUCUUUCUUUCUCAUUCGGUUACAGUUUUGAAACAGUCCACACUUGUUUCAGUGUCUCCCUCUCUCUCUCUUUGUCAUUUUCCAUCUUCUUUCUGUCAUCUCUUGUUUUUUUUCAGUGUAAGACUAUUUUACUCAAAACUUGAAUCCUUUUGUUUACAAUGUACUCCAAAUGAUCGGAAGCUU